GUUGACUUGACAUAUAUAAACACAAAGCAAGGAAACAGGCAGAGACUUGAAUUAUUUUAGUAAAGUUACUUUUAUUUAGUUAUUUACUUUACACAAAAAAGUUAUUAAUCAACGUGGUCAGGCAAUUGUUUGAGUCAACAAAAUUUAACAAAAAAAUCGCAAGUUUAUUAUUGAAGACGACAACCUUGAUAUUUUGUCAUCUGUUUUAGUUGGCGCUAAAAUUUCUUCAAUAUUUAUGAACUAGAAUUUAUGUUUAUUUUAUUUUCUUAAUGUUAAUAUAAUGAGUUUAGUUAGUAUAAGCAGUUCUGUACCUCCAAUGCUUUCGAAUAAUAUAAAAGUUUUAGCCUUAGAGAAAACAUUGUUACAAGGACUUGAUAAUUUCAAAGAUCUCCUGUCUGACUUUGAACAACUUCACAUUGAAUCUAAUAGUUAUAAAACACAAUUCAUUGAACAAAAGGAAAAAUGUAGUAGUAACAGCUGCAGUAGUGCUGAAGCUCUGAAGAGGAUUAUUGAAUCCAAAGACAAUAUCAUACAGUUAGUUGCAUCAACAUUAACAAGACUAAAUGAGACGAAAGACCUGAAAAUAUUAGAUGAAGCAUUCCGAAUAUUGUUUGGUGAAACACCCACACCUGCGCCAAAGUACCAGGCUAACAUAGACAGCAAAGAGAUUAAGAAAUCACCAAUAAAGCAAGAAUUGCAUUCGUCUCUUGAAGAUGUCUCGUUUAGAGAGGAAUCUGAGUCAGAGAUUGAAGGAACGCCCACAACAGGACGAUUUAGUCCUAUUAUACCGAUGAAGAAACUUAGGGGUACUACUACAGUGACUACAUCAGAUUUUAGGGAUAAGAAAAAGUGUCCUGAUAAUUGGGCAACACCAGAAAAGAAAACUUUCAAAUUAUCCUCGUCAACUCCAGUGGGUGGCAAAAAGAUAGGCAGAUACAGACAAUCCCGACUGAACUUAGUGAAAGUGGAACAGCCGACUGUGAUAGACAUUACAUGUUCUCCGGAGUUCAGUGGCGGACGGAGGGAUGAUUUUGAUAAGGAUAAACCGCUACUUAUCAAGAAGGAAUCGAUUGAAAACGAGGACACAAUAUUACCAUCGCCUACAAGUGGACCCAAUAAUUUUACACUGUUCAAAUCUAAAGAAAGUCCGAUGAAGUUCAAGAAACCACUUAGUUUGAAACCCAAAACUGAGAAGAAGACUCCGCCAAAGCAAGUUGAUCAAAAUGUCUCACCGUCUAUAAUUAAACAGGAACUAUUAAAUACAGAAAAUGUGUUCAAAGAUAAUAUGAAUCAUAGUGUCACCUUUACUCAAGAGGAUUCUAUUAAUUUGUUGCAUCCUAAUAGACUCCCUAAGAACUUAAAACAAUCGCCAAUGAAAGUUGAGCCGUAUAAUGACGAGACGUACUGUGACACGCAAGCCAGUGUCUCGCUGUUACACCAUGUUGAUAAACUGGACAAUAUACACAAAGGAAAGGAAAAUAGCCCCAACAAAAGUCCUUUAGCUGAAAACAUCAAUAUAAUGAAUGUGCAAGACGAUGAUGAGCUUCAAGCAAGCAUGUCAGUGUUACAAAGAGAAUCAAUAAAUAAAAACGCUGUGGAUAAUGUUAAAAGAAAAAUUCCUGAAUUUGUCGAAGUAAUUGAUGAGCCCGUCCGAAAGAAAUCCGAGAAACGGCUGUUACCUGGUUGGAGCUGUGACAAAUGUAAAGAAUUUUUCGGAGAACUUUACAAGCAUGAUCCGGAGAUGAUGGCGAAGAAAAUAAACGAAUGUUCUCAUCAUAGAGGUAUGAACAACCCGACGGACCGACCGAAAACUCCGCCCCGAUUCUGGAACCCGCGCUGGGAAGUGCCUGAUGAUACCGAGGAGUUUAACAGAAUGAACAACGUUUCAUGACGUAUACAUACGGAGUCCGUGGGUGACAGCGAAGCUCACAGGUGUUCCGUCUACGGCCCUAUCGAAUUGAAUAAAUAAAACUUUGUAAAAACCUAAGAACUGUUUAAUCAGUAGAGUACCUUUAUAGAUAUGACGCAGUUUCAUUAGUCUCGCAGUAAAAACUGUUCGUACAUGUAUUGUACAUUGACCUCUGUGUAACAAGACCACACCGGUCAAGCACAGGUUGUAAUUACAAACUCAGUGUGCUAAUAACAAAAUUGUCAAAUAAUAAAAAUGUGGAUUCAUAUUUAAUUGCAUGCUUAAGCAUUUAAAUAAUAAACAUCUUUUACAAGUAGGUACCUAGAUAUCGACGUCAAAGCAUUAUCUUGUAGUAAAGUACAAAAUAAGAUAAUAUUACCGACUCGUGAGCAUGAGCCGUACCUCCUAACGAAGCGGUGACGUCACGUAACGGUACUUAUCUAAACAUUAGUACAAGUUCACAGCUAGUAUGGAAAAAGUAUUUUCUCCUUAGUUUAGUUUGUUUAGGAAUGUUGAUUUUAAAAUAAA